AUGACAGGAGCUUGGACUGGCUGUCAGGACCCCGCUGACAGCGCACCACCUGGGGCAGCUCACAUGGGUGGGCACAAAGCCCUGUCCCGGGUUCACCUGCGGUCUGCACAGAUGGCUCUCAUUCAGCUGGCUUUUAAAAUAGAAACACAGAAAAUGCCAGAACACACCCUCCAGGUGGCGCAGGAUGGAAAGAGGCGGGCAGAGGUGAAGGUGCACCUCCGGAACCGUCACAGCUGCACAGGUUACUCUGAGCCUAGCCUACAGCCGCUACCGCCACCACCACCAGCAAUGUUACUCCAUGGCCUCUUGCUUCUGACCUGGCUGACCACCAGCCUGGCCCACCACAGCCCCCCACUCUGGGAGGCGUUUCACGGCCAUGGGACCCCACGCUGCUACUCGGCUGAGGAGCUGCCCCUUGGCCAGGCCCCACCACAUCUGCUGGCUCGAGGUGCCAAGUGGGAGCAGGCCUUGCCUGUAGCCCUGGUGUCCAGCCUGGAGGCAGCAGGUCGUAGGCGGCAGCAGGAGGAGUCCCCAGCUGGGACCCAGUGCCCGGUGCUGCGGCCCGAGGAAGUACUGGAUGCGGACACUCACCAGCGCUCCAUCUCACCCUGGAGAUACCGCGUCGACACGGACGAGAGCCGCUACCCGCAGAAGCUGGCCUUCGCCGAGUGCCUGUGCCGCGGCUGCAUCAACGCCAGGACGGGCCGCGAGACGGCCGCGCUCAACUCGGUGCAGCUGCUGCAGAGCCUGCUGGUGCUGCGCCGCCGGCCCUGUGCGCCCGGCGCCUUCGCCUUCCACGCCGAGUUCAUCCGUGUGCCCGUCGGCUGCACCUGCGUCCUGCCGCGCUCGGCGCGGUGA